UAGUAAGGUAGCCGGUUUGGCGGGAAAGCUAGAGUUUUCGCGCCAUUGACGGUGGUGGAAGAAGGACGCGGUUGAUAUUGUCCGCACGGAGCUUUAGAGUCACAGGAAGACAUGGCCGCCUCGGGGAUCGCAGAGAUGGAGGACCUGGAGAUCAGGGAGGCUCAGCGGGAGUAUCUGGACUUCCUGGAUGAUGAGGAAGAUCAGGGGAUUUAUCAGAGCAAAGUCCGAGACAUGAUCAGCGAUAACCAGUGUCGUCUCAUUGUCAAUAUCAAUGAUCUCCGGAGGAAGAAUGAGAAGAGAGCCAGUCAGCUUAUGAAUCAGGCCUUUGAGGGUCUUAUUGCCUUCCAGAGGGCUCUGAAGGAUUUUGUUGCGUCUAUCGAUGCGACGUACGCCAAGCAGUAUGAAGAUUUCUACAUCGGUCUGGAAGGAAGCUUCGGUUCUAAACAUGUUACUCCACGCACCCUCACGUCACGAUUUCUGGGCUCUGUUGUCUGUGUGGAGGGCAUCGUUACCAAGUGUUCUUUGGUACGCCCUAAAGUGGUCCGCAGUGUUCACUACUGUCCGGCCACAAAGAAGACCAUCGAACGCAAGUAUACAGACAUGACCAGCCUGGAUGCCUUUCCCUCAAGCGCUAUAUAUCCCACUAAGGAUGAGGAAAACAAUCCGCUGGAGACGGAGUUUGGGCUCUCCCUGUACAAAGAUCAUCAAACAAUCACCAUCCAGGAGAUGCCAGAAAAGGCCCCCGCUGGUCAGUUGCCACGAUCUGUGGACAUCAUUUUAGAUGAUGACCUUGUCGACAAGGUGAAGCCCGGGGACCGCGUGCAGAUUAUUGGAACCUAUCGCUGUCUGCCUUCCAAACAAAAUGGCUACACUUCUGGCUCUUUUAGAACAAUUUUGAUUGCUUGCAAUGUGGCUCAGAUGAGUAAGGAAGUGUCGCCGGUCUUUUCAGCAGAUGACUUGGCUAAGAUCAAGAAGUUCAGUAAAACUCACUCUAAGGAUGUGUUUGAGCAGCUGUCCAGGUCUCUUGCUCCGAGUAUACACGGGCACCAAUACAUUAAGAAGGCGAUCCUCUGCAUGCUGCUUGGUGGUGUGGAGAAGGUGCUAGAGAAUGGGACUCGUAUCAGAGGAGAUAUCAACGUUCUGCUGAUAGGUGAUCCCUCUGUAGCCAAGUCUCAGCUUCUACGAUAUGUGCUUUCUACGGCACCCCGUGCCAUCACGACCACAGGCCGGGGCUCCUCUGGGGUGGGUCUGACUGCUGCUGUCACAACUGAUCAAGAGACUGGGGAGAGAAGACUGGAAGCUGGUGCCAUGGUGCUGGCUGACCGCGGUGUGGUCUGCAUUGACGAGUUUGACAAAAUGUCUGACUUGGACCGCACAGCCAUCCAUGAGGUCAUGGAACAAGGUCGUGUCACCAUCGCCAAAGCCGGUAUUCAUGCCAGACUCAACGCCCGCUGCAGUGUGUUGGCUGCAGCCAAUCCAGUCUAUGGAAGGUAUGACCAGUACAAAACUCCUAUGGAGAACAUUGGCCUCCAAGACUCCUUGUUGUCACGUUUCGAUCUGCUGUUCAUCAUGCUGGAUCAGAUGGACCCAGAACAGGACCGAGAGAUCUCUGAUCACGUGCUGCGCAUGCACCGCUACAGGGGUGUAGGAGAACAGGAUGGCGAUGCCAUGCCACUGGGAAGCGCUGUUGAUAUUCUGGCCACUGAAGACCCCAACGUUACCCAUGAGGAGCAGCAAGAACUGCAAGUGUACGAGAAACACGACAACCUUCUGCAUGGGUCCAAGAAAAGGAGAGACAAGACUGUUAGCAAGGAGUUCAUGCGGAAAUACAUCCAUGUGGCAAAGCUGUUCAAACCCCUGCUCACAUCAGAGGCUGCCAAUUACAUAGCUGAAGAGUAUUCCCGUCUAAGGAGCCAGGAACAGUUGACCAGUGAUGUGGCCCGGACAUCUCCCGUAACGGCUCGUAGUCUGGAGACUCUGAUCCGUCUGUCCACAGCUCAUGCCAAAGUGAGGAUGAGCAAGACCGUACAGCUGCAGGAUGCGGAAGCUGCCGUGGAGCUCGUCCAGUACGCCUAUUUUAAAAAGGUUCUGGAGAAGGAGAAGAAGCGGAAGAAGAAAGAUGGGGCUUCUGAUACUGAGGAAGAAGAGGCGCAGACAGAAAGGAAGACCAGGAAGAAAAGAAAAUCCAGCACUGCUGAGGGAGAGACACAUGACCCCUACGACUUCAGUGAUACAGAAGAGGAGACCCCUGAUGUUCAGUCACAUGCACCAGAGACCCCGGCAGACAAGGAGAAAGAGACCGGGCUGUCUGGAGACAGGCUGAAGACUUUCAAGGCCGGCCUUUUGGAUGCCUUCAAAUCUGCCCACGCACAAUCCAUCGCUAUGCCAGCCCUCAUGGAUACCAUCAACAAGAACAAUGACUCUCCAUUCUCACCGGGUGAGGUGAAGGCUGCUUUGGAGCUUAUGGAGGAAGCAAACCAUAUAAUGGUUUCAGAAAACAUUGUAUUCUUGAUCUAAUGGACAAUGGUGGACUUAAACUUGUGAAAGACCUGAAUAUGGAUGCCUCUGGCUAAAAUGACUUUACACCUUCCCUUCAUAGGGGAAAGCUUCUCGGUAGUGUCUAUCCUACAUUUCUGCAAGCGUUUUAUACUUCUCAUCAGGGCUUAUUUUAAUUUGUACAAUUUUAGAAACUCCCGCAACUUCUAAAAGAUUUUGUAGCUCAAUUUUUAUGCCAGACUGUAAAUAUACAUCAAGAUUGUAUCAUGCUUUGUCUAGGGGCAAUGACUUUUAAAGUGUUUUAUAGCGGUAUGUUACCCCACGGGACUGCUUUGUUGCAAUGUUUUAUUUGUAUAGCGAUUUACCCUGUUCAUAGGGUACUUUCAAUGUAAAGUUUACUUUGUUUUAAAUAUGUUGAAUAUUGCUCCCUGGUUUUACGUUGAUAAACAUCUUUUGCCUAUAUGUAAUAUUGGAAAUGUUUUAUUCAUUGUAGUUUUUAAUAUUGCUAUUAAGAUGUUCAGACAUGUGAAAGCAAAUACACAGGCAUGCACAUUCUUUGA